UUCAAUCUGACACUCCCCUUCCUUUCUAGAAACGUGAGUGGAGCUCUCUCGCCCCUGGUCUGGGGGAGGGGAGCUGGGGAGGAGGUCCAUACUUCCGUCCAGACGACUUUCUCCUCGAGACCAGGUCUCUGCAGCGCCCAGCUACCCACUCAGCACUGUUCCUAGUUUGACGCCUGGAAAACUUCGCGUUCUGCUUUCUCUUGCGCCUGGCUCCACCCCAGCCCUGUGUCCCUCCAGCUCUACCAGUCCCAACUACCCCAUUCCAGUUGUUCGAGGGUGCGGGGGACAUCUCCCCGCCAGUCCCGGGUGGGACCAAGACUAGCUGCGAAUAUCAAGUGUCGCUCAACAGCGGAACACCGGCCGCGCCUCUGUGGUUGAGCCCAGAGCUGGAUUCUCUAUGAACCGUGUUGAGAGCAGCCUGGGGAUUCUGUCCCCAUCACGGUCACUCAACUCUUGAAAGGCGCUGGGCGCGCGCCGCGCACGGUGUCCCGCUACGGCAAGACCGAGACCCCACCGGAACCUUGAGCUAGGAGACGACUUUGAGUCUCGUCAGUCCGAAGCGAAGACGCAACAACCCAGCAGAGCCCCCAAGUGUCACCCAGACCCCAGGGCGCGGCGGUGGUGCACCUAGGGCGUAGCCAGAGCGCUCAGCUCUGGUGGCCAAACAAGUUGUCACCACGCGAGGAAAAAGCCCAGUGAGCUUACUGCGGGGCACUCAGGACUCUUCAGGCCGCCAGGAGGAGCUUGCUGGAGAAUGUCCUGAGCGCACUGUCUCCUGCCUAGGCUUGGAAAGGGGGAGUGGCGCUAGCGUGUCGGAGCUGGGAACCAAGCAAACGUCUGACCUUCCUCCUUCUACUGCCUUAGUCUCUUUGAGUAUUGAAGAAGGUUCUAGCAGCUGCAAAAGGACUUGGGCUUCCUUUUCCUAGAAGGCUGGUGAUGGAGCUCCUGUUUCUACCCCCGCAGGGACACUUGGAGCGUGCAGGCGGCGCAUGAGCCGGGCAGUGCACUUCCAGCUGUGUCGCCUGGCAGCUUUUCCAGAGCUUUCGUUUCCCAGCUCCAAGCCUGUAGCGUUCUAGAAGGGGGCAAGAAGGCACCCUCAGAACUGAGCACCGCCGAGAUGUCCGCACAGAGCUUGCUCCACAGCGUGUUCUCCUGUUCCUCGCCAACCUCGGGCAGUGCGGCCUCAGCCAAGGGAGUCUCCAAGAGGAAGCUGCGCCAGACCCGCAGCUUGGACCCAGCCCUGAUUGGCGGCUGCGGCGGUGACAGGGGCACCGAAGGCAGCGUCUGGGGGUCCACAACUGGCCGCCUCUACUGUCCGCAGCUCUUAGCCGAGAGUCUUGGUCCCCGAUCAGCAUCUUCUCCCCGGAGUCCUCAAUCCCGUGCUACCCGGUUCCCGCCACCCAGACCUCUAUGUUCAUCCUUUUCCACGCCCAGCACCCCGCAAGAAAAAUCGCCAUCGGGCAGUUUUCACUUUGACUACGAGGUCCCCCUGGGUCGUGGGGGUCUCAAGAAGAGCAUGGCGUGGGACCUGCCUUCUGUCCUGGCUGGGACCACCGGUGGCCGCAGCGCUGCCAGCAUCCUUUGCUCUUCUGGGGGAGGCCCCAACGGAAUCUUCGCUUCUCCCAGGAGAUGGCUCCAGCAGAAAAAGUUCCAGACUCCAUCCAACAGUCGUGGCCACCCCUACGUGGUGUGGAAGUCCGAGGGUGACUUCACCUGGAACAGCAUGUCUGGGCGCAGUGUGAGACUUAGGUCGGUCCCAAUUCAGAGUCUCUCAGAGCUGGAACGGGCGCGGUUACAGGAAGUAGCUUUUUAUCAGCUGCAACAGGACUGUGACCUGAGCUGUCAGAUCACCAUUCCCAAAGAUGGACAAAAGAGAAAGAAAUCUUUGAGAAAGAAACUGGAUUCAUUGGGAAAGGAGAAAAACAAAGACAGAGAAUUCAUCCCACAGGCAUUUGGAAUGCCAUUAUCCCAGGUCAUUGCCAAUGACCGGGCCUAUAAACUCAAGCAGGACUCACAGAGGGAAGAACAGAAAGAUGCAUCCGAUUUCGUGGCUUCCCUGCUACCAUUUGGAAAUAAACGACAAAACAAGGAACUCUCAAGCAGUAACUCAUCUCUCAGCUCAACCUCAGAAACACCAAAUGAAUCCACAUCCCCAAAUACCCCAGAACCAGCUCCUCGGGCCAGGAGGAGGGGUGCCAUGUCAGUGGAUUCCAUCACCGAUCUGGAUGACAACCAGUCUCGACUGCUAGAAGCUUUGCAACUUUCCUUGCCUGCGGAGGCUCAGAAUAAAAAAGAAAAAGCCAGAGAUAAAAAGCUCAGUCUGAAUCCUAUUUACCGACAGGUCCCCAGGCUGGUGGAUAGCUGCUGUCAGCAUCUGGAAAAACAUGGCCUCCAGACCGUGGGUAUAUUUCGUGUUGGAAGCUCCAAAAAAAGAGUAAGACAAUUACGUGAGGAAUUUGACCGUGGCAUUGAUGUCUCCCUGGAAGAAGAGCACAGUGUUCACGACGUGGCAGCCUUGUUAAAGGAGUUCCUAAGGGACAUGCCUGACCCCCUUCUCACCAGGGAGCUAUACACGGCAUUCAUCAACACUCUCUUGUUGGAGCCGGAGGAACAGCUGGGCACCUUGCAGCUCCUUAUUUACCUUCUACCUCCUUGCAACUGUGACACCCUCCACCGUCUCCUACAGUUCCUCUCCAUUGUGGCCAGGCACGCGGAUGACAAUGUCAGCAAAGAUGGACAAGAGGUCAUUGGGAACAAAAUGACAUCUCUAAACUUGGCCACCAUAUUUGGACCUAACCUGCUGCACAAACAGAAAUCAUCAGACAAAGAAUUCUCAGUGCAGAGUUCAGCCCGAGCUGAAGAGAGUACUGCCAUCAUUGCGGUGGUCCAGAAGAUGAUUGAAAAUUAUGAAGCCCUUUUCAUGGUUCCCCCAGAUCUCCAGAAUGAAGUGCUGAUCAGCCUGUUAGAGACUGAUCCUGAUGUCGUGGACUACCUGCUCAGAAGAAAAGCUUCCCAAUCAUCAAGCCCUGACAUGUUGCAGUCAGAAGUUUCCUUUUCCAUGGGAGGGAGGCAUUCAUCUACAGACUCCAACAAGGCCUCCAGUGGAGACAUCUCCCCUUAUGAUAACAACUCCCCAGUGCUGUCUGAGCGUUCCCUGCUGGCUAUGCAAGAGGAUAGGGCCCCGGGGGGCUCCGAGAAGCUUUACAAAGUUCCAGAGCAGUAUAUGCUGGUGGGCCACUUGCCUUCGCCAAAGUCAAAAUCAAGGGAAAGUUCUCCUGGACCAAGGCUGGGAAAAGAUAUGUCACAGGAGCCUUUCAAUAUCUGGGGAACUUGGCAUUCAACAUUAAAAAGUGGAUCCAAAGACCCAGCAAUGACAGGUUCCUAUGGUGACAUUUUUGAAAGCAGCUCCUCCCUCCGACCUGGGCCCUGUUCCCUUUCUCAGGGGAACCUGUCCCUGAAUUGGCCUCGGUGGCAGGGGAGCCUUGCAGGGCAGGACAGAGGCACUCAGGUCAUUCGGAGGACUCAGACGACAGCCACCGUGGCGCAAUGCAGUGUCCACCCUCCUGUGUCCCGUGUCUGCAGCACUCCCCACAUUCAUGGAGGCAGCAGGGGGGCCAGGAGGCCUGCAGCCAGGUCCGAGCCAUACCUGACCUUGAGCAGCACCAAAGACCUCGCUGAGGGUGAGCUGGACGCGGCCUGGCUGCAGAGUGGGGCCCAGCCUUCAUGCCAGAGACCUCGUGAGAGUGGCCGGGAUGACAGGAGACCCCCUCCUCCUUACCCAGGGCCUGGAAAGCCUGCCUUGGCCUCAGCCCAGCAGCCCCCAGAGUCUCCCUUGUGGCGGCUCCAGAAGCCAGAAGAAGGUUCAGUUAUAACUGCAGAAGAGGGAGGCCAACAGACCUCGAAAGAGCAUCCAGCCACAUCUAAAAAACUGAGCAGUGCCUACUCCCUCCCAGCCAGUGAGCAGAAAUUGGAGCAGCCCACAUGGCUCGACUGGCAGCGAGAGCGGUGGCAGAUCUGGGAGCUCCUGUCCACUGACAACCCCGACGCCCUCCCAGAAACGCUGGUAUGAGCCCACCAGCAGCUAGAGCCUGCCCUCCCUCAAAAUGUCCUCUUCCGGUGCACACCGGGAAAAUUGCUGAUGAACAAUUGAACACGUCCUUCUCUAUCUUCUUUCACAUUUUGCAAAAGCAACACAAGAGAAACUAAAUCCACUUCCCAAGGUAGAGCACUCAUACCCUUUUUGCCAUUUAAGAUAGGAUUCUAUUGCGUAGCCAGCCUUAGGAACCCCCCUAUCACCAAAAAAAUGACAAUAUCCAAUCUAAAAACUACCCACAUUGGCCCUAUAUAAGAUAAAACUCUUGCUUUGGUAUAGCUUAAUUGUAUUUAAGUGUCUUCAGUUUUGACUAUUGUAUAUUCUGUAACAGAUUAUGUAUGAUAAUCGAUAUGAUAUAUUCACAGAGAAGACAGAACUUUUUUUUAAAAUCACUUCACUUAUAUUACACCAUGAGAUAUAUUAAGCAACAAGAUUCUAUAAGUGUUCUAGAAUACGCACAAGCCAGUUUCUGUGCUUUUGCCAUAGCUUUUGAACUGGGGACAGCCCUCCCUUCAAUGCCUAAGAAAAACACUAAUGAAACAAAAGAAAAUAUGAAAAGCCAUAUUUUUAUAUAGUAGCAAGAUACAAAAAUUAUCAUCACCAAAGGCUUUUUACAUAUUGAAUAAGUCUUAAGGAAAAUGUUAAAUUUGAUAAUUAUGAAAUUUAUUUGUAGAACCUGUUGAGAAAGGAUUUACUUAAUCAAAUGUGAGAAAGGUGGUGCCUAACAAAAAGAAUUUAAAGGUUGUCCAUCCCAUUUUAGGUCAAAUUCAAUUUAUGUAAACCACAUAUAAUAUAUAUUUAUAAUGUAUAAUUUUUAUCUAUUUUUCAAAACUACAAACUGGAAUCCAACUAAAGUGCAUAAGAGUCUAAAUAUACAUUUAAAUUACACAUAGUAUCCCCCUGUUCCCUGGAAUUAAUAUUAGCCAAAUUAAAAACAAUUAUUUGUAAAGUAAAUUAUGUUUGGGGAAAAUAAAACAAUAGCUUUGUGCUUACAUUGUGCCAAAGGCUGAGAAAACAUUUCUUCAUUAACGUUAUGUGUAUUGUAAAGUGUUUUUACCAUGCUUCAGCAAUUUGAAAUUUUUCAAUUGCAAAACCAUUUUUGACCAGCAGGUGGAAAUUAGCUUCAGUAUUUUCAGAUUAUUAUCACUUCAGAAGAGAAAGUGUACUAUACAAAAUUAUU